AUGGCUAAAUCGGCUCAGCUUUUUAUGCUGAUUAACGCAACACUGCAACGCCAACGCAACGGUGGCGGAGGAGGAGGCGGGCAUGUAUUAGCUACCGCCCACACCACCACCACGACAGCGGCGGCGCCGCAGCAGCCGCGUACAACAACGCAAUUACCGAGUGCUAGAGCAACAACAACAGUCACUACCGCUGCAGCCACGUUAUUGGUGCGCAGUAGCAGCAGAUUUGCUGCUGCCGCUGCCACAGUCGCCGCCGCCAUUUUUGCUGCUGCCAGCGUAGCGUGCGCUGGCAUUUUGGCGGGCGCCACACCCACGCCCACACCCGCCAACGCCGCUGCCGCCACUGCCUCAGCUACAACCGCAACAACAACCGUUUCAUCCUCAACGGCCAAAUCGACCUCCUCGCAUGACAGUACAAAUGCUCGUAUCGCUGUGAGUGUGGCAACUGCGGCCAAUACAAUAAGUAGCAGCAACAGCGGCGGCGUCGCAAACGCAAUUUCAACGCAGCAGUGUUUAGUUGCUGCUGCUGCUGUUGAAUUCUAUACAAUACAGCGGACAGGCAUAUCGCGUAACGCAACUACUUGCUCUACGUACACAUCCGCGUCAUGUGACAAAUCGAACGGUAGUCGAACUCGUAGUAGAAAAAAGUGUCGUGUACGCGAUCGUGAUCGCGGGCGUGUUCUUUGGCGUUCGGCGUACGCCAGUAGUGUUGAUAGCGUUCGUGAUAGCUGUGCGAGUGAGCGUGUUAAUGAGUUGAGUGUUGCUGGUGGCAACGAGGUGAACGUUGAGCGGCGAACGGAGCGUUACGAGCGCAAAAUUGGCGCAAGGCUGCGAUUUGUAGGCGAUGCAACGUUUUGCGGAAGAAGUGUGAGUACACGCUAA